UUUAACAUUUUUCAGAGGGCUGAGUUGGAAAAAGCUUUUGCAGCUUCGCCAUACCUUGCACCAAGGCAUCGGUAUGCCAUGGCGGCUAGAUUGGGUGUCAAGCCAGUUGCUAUACAGGUAUGUUUUUUUUUUAACCAACAAAAAGACGCUUUUUAAAUUUAAAAAGACCGAGGUAAUCUUAACAGAAGUAGACGAGGUUAGAAUGGAAAGGCUUUCCGAGAACUAAUGAUCAAUAUUUGUCAGUUGACAUUUUGAGAAAAGGUUGUUCUUGAAAAGGAGAGCAGUUUCUUGAACUUUUUUUGGGUUUCAUGUUUCUAAAGUUCUGAGACUGUAAAUGAAAGUGAGCACAACGCUCCUAUGCCGCUGCUUGCAGAGUGUAAGAUUGUUCACAUCUCUUUUAAAAUUUUCCAACUGAAGGUCAAUUCCUCACUGUCAAUUAUUCCCCUCAUUAUAGACUGUUCCAGGCCGUAAGAUAGUAGGAAAAGCGGAUCGAGAAAGGUUCUGAUCGAGAGCCCAGCAAAGUCGUGCCUGGCCAUCACAGUUAAAUAGUCGAAAUAAACUGUAAAGCGGACGUUUCGGCGUAAUCAUAAUGACGCCAUUGUUAAAACUCAAUAACACUUUUUGCGAUGUAUAUAAAUAGAAUCUGGAUCGAACACUGGUUCUAACACAAAAAGGGGCGACGAAAUUUCCAUAGUAAACUCUAAUAUACUAGAACUGCUUUACAGACUUUGUCAUAGCCAAUAGCAUCACGGCUUAAUUGAAAGACGACCAAUCACAGGUCAAUAACCAGAGUUUGAAAUACCAUCACCUGACGUGAUAUAACUCGGUUGACUCUGAAGAUGACUCCGUAACGAAACGUCAGUUAUUGUCGACAACAGUCCUAUUCAAGACUUCAAUUUACUCACCCGGAGGAUAAUAUUCCACUAAUUAUAACUGGACAUGAUAUAUGAUUUUAGUAUAUUCACCCCAUGUAAGGGACAGUCCAGCUUCCAAUUGUAAGUGGGAUUUUUUGUUUUUUUCUUUUCUCCUUAAGUCUUGGUUCAAGAAUCGACGUUUCAAAUGGCGCAGAGAGGCAAAGGAAGGCUCAUGUGGCUCAUCUCAGAGGUUGAAUCAAAGGCUGGCCGCUGCAAAGGCAUAUAUGCCCUUCGUGUACCAGGCACCAUGUAGCUACGAUACUGGCCGCAUCCAGCUGGCUCCUUGCCAGGGAUGUUGCAAAGGGAAUCUAACCGAGGAACCGUAUAAAAGUGCUUUCUAUAAAUAUCCCCCAUACUAA